AUGCAGAUCUUCCUCAAGACCCUGACCGGGAAGACGAUCACGCUCGAGGUCGAGAGCAGCGACACCAUCGACAACGUCAAGGCCAAGAUUCAGGACAAGGAAGGCAUCCCUCCGGACCAGCAGCGGCUCAUCUUCGCGGGGAAGCAGCUGGAAGAGGGGCGCACCCUGGCCGACUACAACAUCCAGAAGGAGUCGACGCUGCACCUGGUGCUCCGCCUCCGCGGCGGCACCAGGGGAGGCUACCUAAACGUGGAGCCAAAUCUCCUGCAGCUCGCGCUCAAGUACAACGAGAAGAAGAUGGUCUGCCGCAAGUGCUACGCUCGGCUUCCCCUGAGGUCAACCAACUGCCGCAAGAAGAAGUGCGGCCACAGCAACCAGAUCAGGCCCAAGAAGAGGUUCAUCAACAAGCUUUCGAACUGAAGAUCGAAUCGGUAGGGGAGAGAGAAGGGAAGGACCGUCUGUGAAUAAAUUGUUUCAUUCGGUUUAUCAAGUUGCUUUAGUGAUUUUGAAUAAAAAGGGUGAUAUGUUCUAGCUAGCUAGUCUGAAGUUUCAAGCCAUGCAAGGGUUACUUAAGAGUUGGAUGCAUGUAUUACCCACAUAUUCUGUUGGUUUUUCUUUUCUUUUCCUUUUUUUUUGGAGGAAAUCGUGUAUGUGUAGGGCAUAAAUAGGAAAAAAAAAACACACGAAUCUCCGCAAAAAAUCAAUGGCAUGAGAUUUAGAUAUGCUAUACUUGAGGCACAUCUACAUGUGCUUUAGCAAAACUUAUUAUUUUUUAUUCCAGGGGACUGGGGAAUAGAAUUACAUCACGAAAAGGCUCCAGAUCAGCGAGACAAGGUGGGCCUUGUUACCCAUGGUGCAUCCUAGUAUCGAAACCUUCAAAGGUUCCACAUCCACAAUGCUGGCAUAUUAACCAGAAAAGUGAAUGACAUAUUAACCACGUGACACACACGUGGUAAACAAUCCAAACAAUUACAAAAAACAGAAUGGUGAAUGACAUGUUGCAACAAUUGGGAAAUCAAAUGGAUGUGCCAAGUCCAUACCUCAGCACAAAUAUCAAUCCAAGAUUUUGUGCGGGUACCCCCCUUUCCAUUACUUGCAUAAGGAAAAUACGAAGUUCAGGACUUCUGAAAGGAAAAGAAGAAGCGAGUUGGAUGCAUUAUCAAGAAACCCACUGCGCACGCAAGUUCCACAUAAGUAGCGCAAGCAACAAAACAUAGGCCACGCAUGCCCACCCACAUGAUCAGCACCGAAACAUUCUAGCAGCAACAAAGUGUGACUACAACCUUGAAAAUCGAUCCGCCUCUUCCACAAGAUGAGCUCGGAAGAGAUCCUUGACAGAUACACCCUCCGUUCCAAAAUAAGUGACUCAAACUUUGUACUAACUUUACUACAAACUUGAGUCACUUAUUUUGGGACGGAAGGAGUGCCUAACAUGUUUGUAGCAUCAAUCCUGAGCAUAUCCGCACGUUUCGUCAGUCCUGGUGCUCCUUCUGCCUUGUGAACACCUGCCCAGUACAAUAAAAGCGACCAAACAGAACACACAAUG